AUGCCCUCCAGGACGACCUCUCCUCGCACUUCCGCCCUCAACCGAGUCAGGGAGCGCGUGAAAGCUGUAUCGAGCAGGUACUCGUCCAACCCGCAGUCCCAGGACACAAGUCUGCUGAGCACGUCGAGUCAAACCCUGGAGGAGGAGGUGAGAACCGAGCGGGAAGGAGUGUCGAAGAACAACACGAGCAUCGAGCGGAAGUACCAGGAGGAGGUGAUCAAGAUACACGCGCUGUGGAAGCAGGCGAAGAGCGAGCUGAAGCACAAGGACGAUGAGCUGAGAGAGAACCGACGGGAGUUGGAGAGAGAGAGGAGUAAGCUGCAGGAGGCUCACGCGGUUGAGAGGGCACACCUCAUGAGGGAGCUUGAGCGGGUCAAGGUGGAGAUGACGGAGCGAGAGCGAGAGUACGAGAGGAGGGAGCAGAGCCUGCGGUCUGCAGUAAGGGACAUGGGCAUUCAGAUGGAGAAGGCGGAGGAGGUGAUGCAGCGGGCGAUGAGGCAGCGGGACGAGCAGGAGGGAGCGGCAGCGGAGGCGAGGGAGGAGAUAGCGAGGCUGCAGGAGGAGCUGAAGGAGAUCAAGAUGCACGUCUCUAGCCGCGAAAAGCGGCUGCAGCAGGUCCUGACGUCCCUGGAGGAGGAGAACAAGUCUCUGAGCUCUGCGGUCCAAGCUAAGUCCGACGAGCUCGAGGGCUGCCUGAGGAGGUUGAAGCAGGGGGAUGCUGACAACGAAGAGAGCUCCAAGCAGAUCCAGCGGAUGCUGAGGAAGCUGGAUGCUUCGAACCAGCAGGCAGAGGAGCUACGAGAGCAGGUGAAGGUGUACAGGAGCCGAACGGAGGUAGCAGAAGGCGAGCUCAUCAUGUCAUCCAAGAUCGUCGAUAACCUCCGGGGAGAGCUGCGACUCGUGCAGGAUGAGCUGGAGGAGAUGAAGCAGAAGAAAAGGAACCAAACGCUGCAGAUGGACCAGCAGGAGGUGCAAUCAGCUCUGACGACGAUGCGACAAGAGAUCAAACACCUCAAGAAAGACAAG